UACAUUGGAGCUUAAGUCAGUCAGUUCGCAUUCAGUGCAAAAGCAUCCGACAUUAGCAUAACUGCAUAUAAUCUUUACACGACGGUUAAGUAUUUUAUACGAUCAGUUUUUUUAUUCCUUGACCUUUACUUUGCCAGCAUGAUUUCCAGAGCACUUUUAUUAUUGCUCGCCGCAGUAGGCUGGGCUGACGCAGGCUUUGGCGGUUUUGGGCCAUCAGGAUUUGGAAGCAGCGGAUUUCAGAACACCAAUUUCCAACAGUUUGAUAACAGUUUUAACAAUGCCGGGGGAAAUGCAGCGGGAGCCGGACAGGCGUCCGCCUUCGAGGGCGGAGCAAACAGCAUUAAUACGGCUGACCAUUUUGCCGGCGAUGGAUUUACACGGUCGAGCGGAUUAAGCGCCAACACCGCUUUCGGUCUGGGCCCGAUGGCUAGCGGUGCCGCCCAGGCUGGCGGUCAGACCAGUUCCGGGCGCUCUCGUGGACAAAGCUUUCAGACAAGUAACGGAUUCCAAUCCGGAGGAUUCUUCCGCAGGAAGCGCUAUGCUCCAAGUUACUUCGGCAACUAUAAUGGUUUCAGUAAUGGUUUCAAUGGUAAUGGCUUUAAUGGGUUCAGUGGUUUCGGCCAAUCUGGAGCCGGUGCUAAUUCACUGGGCGGUGCUAACACCGAUUUCGGUAGUGCUUAUACAAGAAAUAACGCCCUCACCAGCAGCAAUCCAUUUGGUGCGACGGGAGCGGGGUAUGGUAGUGCUGGUGCGUUUGGGCCGAAUUCGAAUGCAUGGAAUGCGGCUAUGUCGAACUCUAACUCAAAUGGUGGUAGAUUUUUUUAAAAAGCAAUGGCUAUUGACUACGGUUAUACUCGAUACCGUAAUUUAUUGCUGGAUUAUUCCAUAUUUUAUACUGUGAUUGCCUUUUGCACUGCGUGCAGCUUACAGUUGUAUUUAUUUCCUAAACAUGAAAUAAAACAUUCCGACGGUUG